UCAUCUUCCAAUGGACGAAUACUCGGAUUUCUCACGCUGCUCGGCAUCAACGGAUUCUGCAAUACGUUCAAAACGUACGAUCUUGAGGACGCUGGUCAAAGAGCAGCGCGUUUAGCGCUUGUCAACUUGAUACCACUUUUUCUCGGAGGCAGUCAUGACUUUGCGGCGCAUUCACUAGGCUUUUCGCUCGAUGUCUACAGUUUUCUUCAUAGGUCAUUCGCAGUGGCCGCGCUCCUUGAAGCAGUUAUUCAUGUUGCUAUCGUAAUUCGAACCACUUCUACGUCUCUGAAUAUUGACAUGAAUGUGUACGGCAUAGUGGCAGCGAGUAUACUCUUAUCCCUUUUCGUUCUUCCUUUUGUCCGGAGACGAGUUUACGAAAUCUUCCUCGUCGCCCAUAAGGCAUGCGCGAUAGCAGUUGUCUACGCUAUUUGGCAACAUACUCGCUCUGCUCCUGGGUAUAUCUGGCUAUUCUCGGCACUAUACGCGUUAAUUUUGACCUUGACAGUCAUGAUGCAGUUUCUCCGUACUCUGUAUCAAAAUGUGACAGUAGAAAAAAGUCUCGCGAAGGUCAACAUACAAUGCUACCCUGGCGACACUACGCAGCUCAGGGUACUCUUACCUAGGCCAUGGAAAGUGCGUGCUGGGCAACGAGUCAAUUUGAGCGUACCACACGUGGGAAUUCAAUACGCCUUGCAAUCACAUCCAUUCACAGUGGCAUGGUGGGAAACUGAUCGUCAAGGAAAAGCAAGAUCCUUUACAAUCCUAUUACGUCCACAGUCAGGUUUUACCCAGAAAAUGGUGGAAAGACUCCGACCCGAUCAUUCGUACAAGGCUUGGACAAGCGGCUUAUAUGGGCCGAAGUCUAUCAACUGGCAUCCAAACAGCAGGAUUGGGAAUUACGGCCAUGUCUUUUUCGCCACCACAGGCAUCGGCAUUGCGGCCCAGCUACCUUAUAUAAAAGAACUACUCGACGGCCACCAGAAUGCAACUAUUACGACUCAAAAAAUUUGUCUUAUUUGGCAGCUCGAUCAGAUCGGUGACUGGGAAAGUGCGCGGGACCUACUUCAGUGUUUGGUUAGGCAAGACAACGGAUACGUAAGUUUUGUUCCGAGUGUCGCCCAACACCCAGUACCGUUCAACACUUCUUACUACGUGAUUACGAAUCCAGAUGCUACGAGUCUCAGUCUACGACGCAAUUCAUGA